AACGCCGGUCAUCAUCACCCCCAGCACCUGCUUCUGCAGAUGGGAGGGGAAAAUAGCGCAUUCAAGGCGUUGGUGCCGGGAGCAGGUCAUCGGUUGCAUGCGAGGAGGUUGAGUGACUACGCACCCACGACAGACUCUGAAGAAGAAAUAAACGUCCACGACGAGUCCGACCUAGAGGAUCGACCUGAGAGGUCGAGGUCAACCAGUCCUGUGGUGGUUGAUGACGACCCUAGAGGGACGGAGCAUCAACUACCCACCUGUCAGCCUCUACAGCUGACCAUGCAUGAUCGAGACUAGGUCUGAAAGGUACGAUGUUCAAAGUGAUGCCAGGGUGGAGCGCUGUAGAGAUUUGGAAAUAUUAAUUUUGAAAUGGAAAG